GUCCAGCGACCAACGUCAUAAGAAAAUAAAGAACCGCCCUUUAUUUGCGCUAUCUAUGGCCUUAAACCGUAACCCUUUAUCACUGUUCAGGCUGAAAGCUGGAAUGUUGAGCUUUCGCAGAACGCAGCAGAUAAUGAAAUCAAGCUUCCAAAGUUUUAACAGUUUCAGUUUAGUUUCAUAAACGAAGCUCAAGUGUAAUCUAAGUCAAGUCACUCUCUCAAUUAUUAUAAUUUUUCAUUUUAAAAUUUAUAGCCUAAUAUGAUACAGUUCCUAAAACGUAGUCAAAUUCAUUAAUUUACGCAACCUAGACGUAGCUAAUUUUCAAUAUUAAGAAAUGGAUGAUGCUUACUUGUCCGACGUUACCGAAGAUAUCGGCAAAGAGUAUCGGUUGUUUAAUAUUCACUAUUUCAAGGAGAAUCCUAUUUUCAACGAGGAUUAUCGACUUAAAAUGAGACGAAAUGAAAAAUUAGAGUUGAGCGAAGAUAGGAAUGUUUGGCUCAAGAACAACAUCGGAUAUAGAAAUAAUAAGAAUAAUUAUGGAAACAGAUUUAGGAAACCUAGUUUGCAAUCGAGGCUUCAAAAUGGCGGAAACCUGCAGUUAUGUUUCGUCAACGAGCAUUCCUCCGAAAUGGACGACACCAAUAAUGAAAAUGGCAUAUAUUCGUUACCAGUGAUAUCGCAGUCGCAGUAUCUACAACAGAAAUUGAACUCGAACACGUUACCGACAGAAAAGGACGAAAUAAUGUCAUUAUCACCGGAUCUAAUACACCAUACGAAUCUAACAUCGUCGGUGCACAGCAUUAGCAAUAAGGACGAUAAUAACAACAAUAAUGUCUCUAACAGGAGUAGCACAACCUGUUACAACGAUAAUCUGCAGAACAGCAAGUGGUCAGCGGAUAUACGAGACGAAGUCCGUACAACAUUAAAAAAACUCUACAACGAUAGUUAUCGUAAAAUGGAAUUAGAACGGUUCCAUCGUCCAGCUAGUCCAAUCACCUGUACCAUUAGAACCAGCCUUAAAAAGGUUGGCGUGGAAUCAAAAGAAGGAUACCGUGGUAGAAUACGUAUGAAUAGGCACAUGCUAACCAAAAUGAAUACCAACCAGUUACAGAGUAUUGCCGAUGAUCUCCUUACAUUUGUUGAAUAUUUGAACGAGCAAUUAGUUGAAAUGUUGAUGGAACGAGAUGAAUUACAUAUGAGUCGCGAUUCCUUACUGGUUGAUAUUGAAGAUCUUACAGCUCACUUGGAAGCAAAACGGGUAUACACGAAAGAUACCAGAAAACUGGAAAAUAUUAACAGAAAUAUUAGCAAUGAUAACAACACAGGCAUUAAAAAUAUUACAUCGGGCAUGCGCUUAAUUCGUCUAUCUUCGUAUAUAAAAAAUUAAACGAGGCGAUUUAACAUUCGUUUAGCUUCGCUUUUUUAUGUACAAUACAUUGUUUAAAAAAAAUUUUGAGAUAAGCUUUUGUUAUAGCUGUUGCCAGAGUUGAAAAAUACGCUUUUUUAUAUAUCUAGUUUAUAAGUAACUAACUAUAUUACUCUCUUUUGAAGAACAAUUAUACCCUAAUUCCUAUAGAAGGUACCUAAUACAUGGUUGUAAGUUUGGAUGUGUCUAGUUUUACAUAAGGUUGUUUUUCCUAAAUAUAUACGAACAAGUUAUAAAUUUUUUUUGUUUUUUAGAACAUUUCACUAAAAUAUUGUAAACGCAUAAGCAUAAUAAAUAUCACAAUGUUU